AUGGAGACCCUAACUAGGAAGGGAAGUGACAAGAAGGAUUCAGUCGAUAAAUCAAAGAGUUUGGGUAAACGGAAAUGGUCUAACUUCAAGAAGGGUAACAACGCUACAAACCAAACUGCAACAACUCAAGAUGUGAAAGCUUUCUCUGCUACUAUGAACGCAACAAGCUCUGGUCCAAGAAAGUAUACGGGUCCUCUACCCAAGUGCAACAAAUGUAACUACCAUCAUGUGGGCACUUGUGAAAGUGCCAAGUGUAAAAGGUGUGGAAAGGUGGGACACAAAAUGGAAACUUGUAGGGUGGUGUUACCAAAGAAGGACAAAGGAUGCUACGAGUGCGGUGCCGAGGAUCAUUUCAAGCGGCAAUGUCCUAAGUUGAACCCAGCUAAGGGUCGAGCCUUCGUGAUUGGAGCUAAGGAUGCUCGUCAGGACCCGAAUGUAGUUACGGGUACGUUUCUUCUCAAUAAUCAUUAUGCUUCAAUUCUUUUUGAUACUGGUGCCGACCUUAGCUUCGUAUCUACCGACUUUAAACGUAUGUUGAAUUUAGAGUCAAGCAAGCUAGAUAUACCCUACUCUAUUGAAUUGGCCAAUGGAAAGUUGGUUAAGUCAUGUGAGGUUGUUAAGGGUUGCACGUUGGUCUUGUGCAAUCAAGAAUUUAGUAUAGAUCUUCUACCGGUCCAACUGGGUAGCUUCGAUGUCGUAGUCGGCAUGGAUUGGUUGUCGAAAAACCAUGCCGAAGUGAUUUGUCAUGAAAAGAUAAUUCGUAUUCCUCUAUCCGAUGGUGAGACGCUUUCUGUCCAUGGAGAAAGACGUGGAACCCCAUUGCGAAUUAUUACUUGCAUGAAGGCCCAAAAAUGUCUACGGAAGGGUUGCUUCGCAUUCUUGGCGCACGUAGUUGAUAAGAAGACAGAGGAGCCUAAACUUGAGGAUAUUCCUGUUGUGAGGGAAUUCCCUGAAGUCUUUCCUGAAGACUUGCCAGGAUUGCCCCCACAAAGGCAAGUCGAGUUUCGCAUCGACUUGGUCCCAGGAGCUGCCCCUGUAGCUAAAUCGCCUUACCGUUUAGCUCCGUCAGAGUUGCAGGAAUUAUCUAACCAACUUCAAGAAUUGCUAGACAAGGGCUAUCAUCAGUUGCGAGUUCAAGAGGAGAGUAUUCCCAAGAUGGCGUUUAGAACCCGUUACGGUCAUUAUGAGUUUCUUGUCAUGCCUUUCGGCUUGACUAACGCACCGGCCGAAGAGCAUGAGCAACAUUUAAGGCUUAUUCUCGAAUUGCUGAAGAACGAGAAACUAUACGCAAAGUUUUCGAAAUGCGAAUUUUGGAUUCGCGAGGUACAGUUUCUCGGUCAUGUAGUAAACGAGAAAGGGAUUCAUGUCGAUCCGUCCAAGAUAGAGGCUAUAAAGAACUGGGAAGCACCAAAGUCUCCAACUGAAAUACGCCAGUUUCUAGGAUUGGCGGGGUACUAUCGACGAUUCAUUGAGAAUUUUUCAAAGAUAGCACAGCCUUUAACCGCCUUGACCCAAAAGGAUAAAAAGUUUGACUGGGGAGAUAAACAAGAAUCAGCGUUCCAGUUACUUAAAGAGAAACUUUGCGGUGCUCCAAUUUUGUCUCUACCCGAUGGUACGGAUGAUUUUGUGGUUUAUUGUGAUGCCUCGCAUCAAGGCCUAGGUUGUGUGUUGAUGCAACGAGACAAAGUCAUCGCUUAUGCAUCGCGUCAGUUAAAGGCCAACGUUGUUGCGGACGCCUUGAGUCGGAAAGAAAGGGUUAAGACUUUACGUGUUCGUGCGUUAGGAUUAACAAUCCAAACGAGCCUCACCACUCAAAUUCGUGACGCACAACGUGAAGCUCUUAAACCGGAGUUUAUUAAGGAAGAAUCUUUGCGCGGCAUGGAACAACAAUUGGAACCUAAGGAAGAUGAAACGUUGUACUUCAUGGGUCGUGUUUGGGUUCCAUUGUUUGGCGGGUUACGUAAUCUAGUUUUAGAUGAAGCUCAUAAGUCGAAGUAUUCGAUUCAUCCAGGUGCUGAUAAGAUGUAUCAUGAUUUGAAGGAAUUUUAUUGGUGGCCCAAUCUUAAAGGCGAUAUUGCGACCUACGUGGGAAAGUGUUUGACUUGUUCUAAGGUUAAGGCCGAAUAUCAGAAGCCAUCUGGCUUGUUACAACAACCUGAAAUCCCGAUAUGGAAAUGGGAACAAAUUUCUAUGGAUUUCAUUUCAAAGUUACCUAGAACAUCUAAGGGUAAUGACAUGAUUUGGGGUGUUGCAAGGUUCGGUAAGCGUGGUAAGCUUAAUCCGAGGUAUAUUGGGCCGUUCGAGGUUUUAGGCAAGGUUGGUACCGUCGCGUACAAACUAAAGUUGCCCGAUGAGCUUAGUAGCGUUCAUAACACAUUCCAUGUGUCGAACUUGAAGAAGUGUCUAGCCGACGAGACGCUUAUCAUUCCUACAGAUGAAAUCUGUAUCGAUGACAAACUCCACUUUAUUGAAGAACCGGUCGAGGUUACGGACUGGAAAGUCCAAAAGUUGAGGAGGAGUCGUAUUAAAUUGGUUAAAGUUCGUUGGAACUCCAAGCGCGGACCUGAGUUUACAUGGGAACGCGAGGAUCAAAUGAAGACGAAGUAUCCCCACCUAUUUGAGAAGACUCCUGUUCAGGAUGACUCGGCUUGA